GAUGAUGAUGAUGAUGAUGAUGAUGAUGAUGAUGAUGAUGAUGAUGAUGAUGAUGAUUCUCCCGCUCGCAUCAAAACUACAACCUUCCAGUCGCAACUGUCUCCAGCCAAUAGACACCGAGUCCUCCCACACUGAGUCCUCCCUCUAAAACAACCUGCUUUCACGUUCACACUAUGGAUAAAAGAACAUUUCACCCUGCGCAAAUUCAUCGCAUAACUUCAUAAGUUUUGUAGACGAGGAUGGGAUUAACCCUAUAAGAUUGCUGUCAUGACUUUAUUCGUCUUUAAAUGCCUUCCCUGUAUAUGUUUCGGGGCUUUUUCUGCCUUUUGACACGUCUUUGCCGCGACUCAAGGCACUUAAAAAGAGUUUUAACCUAAAUCUCGCCGGCUCUCAUGGGACUGAGGCAUUCGUCGCGGUGUUUGCUGCUACGGCGGAAGAUGGCGGAGGCGGACAGCUCGGAGCGGCAACAGCCUGUCAAGUCCCCUCUUUCCCAGUCUGCCCAGCCAUCCUCUUUGCCGAAACCAGUGCCUACCCAUCAUGUGCCCUGCAUUCCUCACACGCCUCACGUAGCAGCGCUCGCCACCUGUCCUGGACGAGGCAAGAUUGCCAAGUUCAUAAGCCCAGAGGAAAUGACAUCAAGGGACUACUACUUUGACUCUUAUGCUCACUUUGGCAUCCACGAGGAGAUGCUGAAAGACGAGGUGCGGACGCUGACCUACCGCAACGCCAUGUACCACAACAAGCAUGUGUUCAAGGAUAAAAUCGUCCUGGAUGUUGGCAGCGGCACAGGAAUCCUCUCUAUGUUUGCUGCCAAUGCCGGUGCCAAACACGUGUACGGGAUCGAAUGCUCAAGCAUAUCUGAAUAUUCAGAGAAGAUUAUCAAGUCCAAUCACCUACACAACGUCAUUACCAUCUUCAAAGGCAAGGUGGAGGAGGUGGAGCUGCCCGUGGAGAAGGUGGACAUCAUCGUCUCUGAGUGGAUGGGUUACUGUCUCUUCUAUGAGUCCAUGCUGAAUACUGUCAUUUUCGCCAGGGACAAGUGGCUGAAACCGGGAGGCCUGAUGUUCCCAGACAGAGCAGCUCUCUAUGUGGUAGCCAUUGAAGACAGGCAGUAUAAGGACUUCAAGAUUCAUUGGUGGGAAAACGUGUACGGGUUCGACAUGAGCUGCAUUCGCAAUGUUGCCAUCAAAGAACCUCUGGUGGACGUGGUGGAUCCGAAGCAGGUGGUGACUAACGCCUGCCUCAUAAAGGAAGUGGACAUCUACACUGUGAAGCCAGAGGACUUGUCCUUCACCUCAGCUUUCUGUCUGCAGAUCCAGCGCAAUGACUACGUCCAUGCGCUGGUCACUUAUUUCAACAUAGAGUUCACCAAAUGUCACAAGAAGACUGGCUUCUCUACUGCGCCAGAUGCUGCCAGCACACACUGGAAGCAGACUGUGUUUUAUUUAGAGGACUACUUAACUGUCAAGAAAGGAGAAGAGAUCUUUGGCAGUAUCACCGUUAGACCCAAUGAGAAGAACGUGCGGGACCUGGAGUUCACCCUUGAACUAGAUUAUAAAGGACAACUAUGUGAAGCGGCUAUUUCUCACGACUAUAAAAUGCGUUAGCAGCAAACGAUAAGGCACUGGUGAGGAUCUGCCCCACGCCCGCCCGGACACGACUGCAGAGUGGUGGAGGCCGAAGGCGGUCCAGGAAGCCUACCAGUUGAUCAGGGUGGGAAGUAAACGGGUACGUCUUACAGGAUGCCAUCAAGUCUGCAUCUAAGUGAUGCAAACAGAAGGAGCACAGAAUCUUCCCUCAGAUAUAGUCCCAUCACAGACAGCGCCGGUCAGGAGUUUACAUGCAGUCAUUAUGGGUAUGCGUAUCAUUAAUUUAAGACCUUUAACAAAGCUUUUGGACCAUACAGUUUUCCACUAAGCCCAUAUAAUGCAAAAUAUAAAAGGGUAUUUAGGAAAACAAGAAAUAUUUGCAAUAAAGGUUUUAUUUGGAUAUAUCAUCUACACUAGGCCGAAGUUACACAGGCUCAAGUAUGUACAUAAAAAGCUAAAUUUGUUUUUUGAUAAAAUAUCUUUUUUAGAAGCUUAACAUUAGCCUGCCUCCAUUCCCAAAGUGGCAGACCAAGAAAGAAGACCCUGCUCCAAAACUGAUCACAUGGAUGAGGAAGACACCUUUUAGUGUGGUCAGACAAAAUAAAUAUCAAGCUAUUAUGUGACAUCGACAAAGAGAAUAUUCAGGAGUCAAGGUUAGAAUUUCAAGCCAAAGAGCAGCAUAUCUAUUGUUAAGCAUGGUGGUGGCAGAAUCAUACUGAGGGGCUGUAUUGUUUCAUUGGUGCAUUGCACGAAGUGGGUUAAAAAACUGAAGGAGGAAUACCUGCAAAUUCUUUAACUUCAUUCAAAAUGAAAUUAGAAACAGUUGAAAUGUGGACACAUAACUUGUUUUGAAAUGGAUACAGCAGGCUGACAUUAAGUUUCUGGAACGGCUCUGACCUUAAUCCCUACAAAUAUCUGGACUACGUUAAAAAGGUGGGUCUGAGCAAGGAAAACAACUAAUUUAAAAGCGGUCUACUCCUUCUGAUAACAGGGAUUUUCAAAUAUCCAGACAGAAUGGUACAGAAGGUCUACAAGAAGUGUGUUGUUUCUCUGCAACGUUUGGUCAUACAUCUAUUCAGGUCAUGAAUAUAUAAUUGAACCUGUAUAAAUGAGUUUGACCCAGUGUGGAUUAAAGAAAUUCUGUGUUUAAUUCCAACUUGUGCAAAGUGUUGCCGUUUCAAAAUAACCUCUUAUAUUAUCAGUCAAGUUUAAACAAGCCAUUUAAAUACAUAAUUAAAAGGUCAAAAUUAAUGAUAUGCAAAAGAUGAACAUAUGUAAGCUUCUGACAGGAACCCAUUAUUGAAUGUCAAGGCAUACAAAAAAAAAAAUUGUCAUUCACAAACUUUUUUUUUUUGUUAAAUAUGAGACAAAAAGCAUUGGAAUAAUUAUUUACUGUGUGCAGAGAUUGGAAAAUACAUGCGUGGUUUUAAAAGUGUAAAUGUUUCAAUGAAAAAAUACCAUUACAUGUAAAACUGUCUCUAAGUUUACUGAUCACCUCACUGGUUUCAGUUCUGAUUAUUAUUUGGAAAGUGAGUAUUUUAAGAACAAAUCGGGACAGACCUGGUGCAAAA